UAUUUUAAGGCGUCAAGCGUCCCAAUCCCAAUCUGUGACUUUUCCGCAUACACAUCAGACGGAAAUUUAGGUCAAGGACUGGAAAAGCCGUCCCAACCUAAAUAAAAGAUUAGUUUUCACCACCACUUGUGAAAAUGUCGUUAAAGGCAUAUGAAGAUGCGUGUAUUCGGGCGGAACUGUUUGGGCAGCCCAAGCCUGACAAAGAUGAGUUUUUAGAAAAACAUAAACACUUGGAUAUAGUGGAAUUUGAAGAAGUGGAUAUCAAGACCACCAUCACGGAGAAUACGGCUAUGCUAGAUGAAAAUAUCCAGCAAACUGGUGGUGGUCUCAACGAGUUAAAUUCUAUUUUAAAUUCUACGCAAACGAAAAUUAAUCGACUGAAGGGCGUCUGCGGCAGCUUAACAAACUUCUUCCGCGUUAAACUAUCAGCGAAAGACAACUUAUCUUACUCCAGCGAACAGAGUUACGUCGGCCAAACAAACUACGACAAAGAUUCUGUCCCAGCCAGGACUGAGCUUGGCUCUAUAAACCAAGACCUUGGUCCCGGUGACAACGAGAUGACGGCGCGCGCGGGAAAUUCCCAAGAUGGCGGCAAUUUAAACAAUGCGUUAGACGAUUUGAAAACGAUGCAGAAAAACGACACUACGGCCGCGGCUUUCAAGGAAGCGGGUGAGAAAAUGACGGGUCAAACUAACAAACUUGAGAGUUUACUUGAAAAAGCUGAAAGAGCGCAGAGCUCUAUGUCCCAUCAGAAUAAGCAAAUGAGGUCGUUUCUACGAUAGUCUGCCGCGGAAAAUU